GUCUUGUCCCCCGGACAUUCAUUUUUCUAUUAUAUUACUCCUAACUAACUCUGCAUUGAGGAGGAGGAGUGGAGCAGCCAGUUCCAGUUAGUCUCCACCCACCAUUUGACAUCUUCCUCCCAGAGUUCCACGUACCAGUGAGCAGUACGGUAUUUAUUAAUCCCCGAAAACAAGAAGAAGAAGAAGAAAAAGCCCACAAUAACUAGAGCAGAGCAGGUAUUAGCAGAAAUGGGGUGUGGGAAUUUGUUCUUCACACUAGUCGUCACUUUAUCAGCUGCACUCAUCACCUACAACAUCCUCAUUUCGGCCAAUGCAUCUCUCAACCAGCAAUUCCCUGACCCUUCUCAUAGUCAAUCUUCUUCUUCUUCUUCUUCUGUAUCAAGAAAAAAUGGGCUCAUCAGCAGCACCAAAAUCAUCUCGGUGGACCCUAUCAUCCAGAUGCCUCACGACAAAUAUUUAUCAGCUAACAACAACAACAACAACAAGAAGAAGAGGCUCUUCCACACCGCUGUUACAUCUUCUGACUCCGUCUACAACACCUGGCAGUGCAGGAUUAUGUACUACUGGUUCAAGAAAUUCAGGGAUCAACCCGGCUCUGAGAUGGGCGGCUUUACCAGGAUCUUGCACUCCGGCAAAUCCGACCCCUUCAUGGAUGAGAUUCCUACUUUUGUUGCUCAGCCACUCCCUUCCGGAAUGGAUCAGGGGUAUAUAGUCCUCAACAGACCUUGGGCAUUUGUGCAGUGGCUUCAGCAAGCUGACAUUAAGGAAGACUAUAUAUUGAUGGCAGAGCCAGAUCAUAUCAUUGUCAAACCAAUUCCAAACUUAUCCAGAGAUGGCCUGGGAGCGGCAUUCCCUUUUUUCUAUAUUGAACCUAAGAAAUACGAGUCUCUACUUCGAAAAUUCUUUCCUGAUGAAAAAGGACCAAUUACUAACAUUGAUCCAAUUGGAAAUUCCCCCGUCAUAGUUGGGAAGGAAGCUCUACAAAAGAUAGCUCCAACUUGGAUGAACGUUUCCCUAACAAUGAAGAAGGAUCCUGAAACAGAUAAAGCUUUUGGUUGGGUUCUUGAGAUGUAUGCCUAUGCUGUUUCCUCUGCAUUACAUGACGUCCAUAACAUUUUGUACAAGGAAUUUAUGAUUCAGCCUCCAUGGGACACAGAAAUAGGCAAGGCAUACAUCAUCCAUUAUACAUAUGGAUGUGACUAUGAUCUAAAGGGUAAGAUGACAUAUGGUAAGAUAGGAGAGUGGAGAUUUGACAAAAGAUCUUAUGAUAACAAAUGGCCUCCAAGAAACCUUCCACUCCCUCCACCUGGUGUGCCAGAUAGUGUGGUUACUCUGGUGAAAAUGGUGAAUGAAGCCACAGCUAACAUUCCAAACUGGGGUUCCUAAGCUGUCAAAAUGAUCAAAGGUCUGGGCCAAUGCAGACAGAGCUGUAUAAAAUUAACGUUAAAGGUACAGACGUUUAUACUCCACAAAGAAAGCUGCGGCAAGUUUUUGUAUUUUCUUUUGUCUUCUGAGAGCCUACAGUAUUGUUGUAAGACUAUGUCGCCAACCUUUUGGUUACUCCGGCUGUAUAUCAUGCAUCACCAGCUACUCACCGUAUAAUACAUAUGGAAAUGAAACCGUCUCUUUUGUAAGAUAUGCAGAUCCUAUGGAGGCGGUCCCCUGAUUUUUAUUCGACAUAUUGUACAAGUCAACCCAAAAACAUCAUCAGCCUGCCAAAUUGUAAAUUUUCAUUUCCUGUGGCUCUAA